AUGGUGGGUAGCGUUGAUCGGCAUAAAGUGUUGCGCCUUUUACGCCCCAACUCAAAAUGCCCCUUAAACAUAGAGGAAUAUUAUGACAUCGACAAGAAAGUUGGGAAGCCUGGCUUUAAGACUAUUGAUGGAAGAUUUAAUUGGCAUUGUACCUGUGUUGCGAGUUACGUGACGGGUUCGUGUGGCUUCUACUUCCGCAAAUUUUUGGCGAACAUGGAUCGGUUCAUGCGCCUCGAAGACCCUUCCUCCGAUUUCAGCGCCAAAUUGACGUUUGAACAAUGUUACGCAGAGUUGGCAAAUUGCAUGAAGAAGUUUCCCGCCUAUUACAGGCCAAUAUUGGAGCAGUUCAACGAAUCCCUCAGCGAUGUUUUUGACGAGCAAGCCAGUUUUAGCAAGUAA